CCUCACAGAUUCACAUGGCGUCCGAGUAUCUGCAGGGUGGGGUUGGAACUGGGGACCAUUCUGAAGUGAAACUCACUGUAGCUUUACGUGUCGGACUGUAAAAAGCAACAACAAACAAUGGACAGGAAACUCAAUCUGAACCGAGCUGAGACAUUCUCCUUUGUCAACCCCUGGAUCCGGUAUUUCCUCUUCUUCUUCAGCUUCUUGUUUUGGGUUUUCUCCUUACUGAUUGUUGCAAUCGGGGUGUAUGCUAAAGUCCAGAAAGCUACGGACACGGUGCGGGACACGUUCCUGAUCGACCCGGCUGUCAUCCUAAUUGUGGUGGGGGUGGUCAUGUUCUUCAUCACUUUUUGUGGUUGUAUCGGAGCCCUCAGAGAGAACAUUCGCCUCCUCAAGACAUUCUCCUUCAGCCUGACACUGGUCUUCCUCACCCAACUGGCCAUAGCAAUUCUGGGUUUCUUUUACUCCGAUCAGACACGAGAUGCUUUGGGAAAAUUUGUGAAGAAAGCCAUUGUGCACUACAGGGACGACCUGGAUCUGCAGAACCUGAUGGAUUACAUCCAGAAAGAGUUCAAGUGUUGUGGGUGGAACAACUACACAGACUGGUCCUGGAACCUCUACUUUAAUUGUACGCAUGAGAACCCGAGCUCCGAGCGCUGUGCCGUGCCUUUCUCCUGCUGCACUCCUGUUCCCGGAGAGGCAGUGAUCAACACCAUGUGUGGUUUUGGGGCUCAAACCCAAAACUACUUGGAGGCAAACAAGUCAAUCUACCCAGUAGGUUGUGCAGACAGAGCUGUGAUGUGGAUCGAGUCUCAUCUGUUGCUGGUGGGGGCGCUCGCCCUGGGUCUGGCCUUGCCUCAGAUUGCAGGCAUUGUGCUGUCCCAGAUCCUGAUCUCUCAGAUCCAAGAUGAGAUUACCUCAGUGUUGUGAGAGUGGGCAGACGCAGGGGAAGAAACGAGAAGAAAAGAACUUCACUCAGCUCCUCUCAUAAGUGCAAGGACAUCUUUUUUUACUGCCACUGUAUCACUACGAUGUUAGAGUACAUAUCUUAUUCUUAACGUGCUGUUGCCUUUGGGCAUACAAGUGUGCUGCACUUUAUUGCGUUACUUAAUCAGUCAGUCACAUACAAAGUGCAAAGUGUAUAUUUAUUGGUUUUGAACAUGCUUUUUGUAUUGACAUUGACAUGCAGAUUUCAUCUCUGAAAGUAUUUAUAUUUAAAUGUGACAAGUUUGCUAAUAAAAUUCAUUUAAAGCA